UCUCCGGUUGUUGUUGGAAGGUGAAAAGAGCAUCGGACUCGCCAAAAUACAAACUGUUGUAAAGUUUUUGUACAAACAAUCUGUGGAUUUUUCUAUUAGUGUAGUUUUAGGAUGUGUAGUUUGUAAGCAUUUUGGAGUUUUUAGAAGUACCAGAUAUGCAUCAUGUUUUCCAGCAGCGUUGUAGUUCCUACAGUCAGUUCAGUUCCGAACUGCGUGUUAGUGUAGAUAAGUGUUAGUGUGAGUGUAGUGUUAGUGUAUUCAGUGUAAGUGUACAAUGGCUAGACUCUCAGUGAAAAGUGUACUUCUUUAUGUUUGGAUUUUAAACCUCUCUGGAACAAAUGGCCAAUACCGAUCGCCGCGUAUCACUGAGCACCCCUCCGACGUGGUGGUGCCUCGGAACGAACCCGUCACCCUAAACUGCAAGGCCGAGGGUCGACCUGAGCCAAGGGUCACGUGGUACAAGGAUGGCGCACCCGUGGACGAGGCUAAGAGCCACCGGGUCAUCCUGCCCGCAGGCUCGCUGUUCUUCCUGAGAGUCCAGCACGGCAAGAAGGACUCAGACAGCGGUGUGUACUGGUGCGUGGCGACCAACGUUGCCGGGACUGUGGCCAGCAGGAACGCUACUCUACAAGUUGCAGUGUUGAGGGACGAGUUUCGGGUGGAGCCAAAAGACACCCGGGUUGCUGCGGGGGAGAAGGCGCUACUUCAGUGUGGUCCACCCAGAGGAACACCCGAGCCUUCACUCUACUGGAAGAAGGAUGGCAACGUCGUGGAGAUAGAAAAGUCCGACAGGAUACGAGUGGUGGAUGGAGGCAACCUUCUGAUAUCGGAUGUGAGACAAAGUGAUGCUGGACGUUAUCAGUGUGUUGCGCAGAAUCUUGUCGGAACCAAGGAAAGUGUCAACGCCACACUCACUGUACACACGAAACCGUACAUGCUGUCAGAACCACGCGACGUGACGACAUCUGCAGGCCAGAACGUGCAGUUUGACUGUCGUGUGGGUGGCGACCCUCAGCCUCGAAUCCUGUGGCGACGGGACGACGGGAGGAUGCCUGUGGGACGGGCACACAUCUUAGAGGACAAGAGUCUGCGAAUAGACAGUACAGUGCCGGAGGACGAGGGGAUCUACAUCUGUGACGCUGAGAAUGAUGUCGGCACUGUUAGCGCAAGGGCUUCUCUCAUCGUCCAUUCUGCACCAAUGUUUACCAAGAGGCCAACCGACCUGGUAGUUGGUCUCCACGGAGUCGCUCGUCUGGAGUGUGCUGCUGAGGGUAACCCCCCACCAUCUGUGUUCUGGAGCAAGGAGGGCUCCCAGGUCCUCAUGUUCCCUGGGAGCAGCUAUGGGACGAUGGCGGUGGACCAGGACGGGACACUGACCAUCACAGGGGUCCAGCGGGAAGACGCUGGGUUUCUCGUGUGUUCUGCACUCAGCGUGGCUGGUAGUGCUACGGCUAGAGCGUUUCUGCAGGUGACAUCAGUGGAGGACGUUCCACCACCUCUAAUGGAGAUCAGGCCUACCAACCAAACACUGCCUCUGCAAGGGUUGGCCACACUGGUUUGUCAGGCGAGAGGGUCGCCACCACCGCAGAUCAAAUGGUACAAGAACGGCUCACCGGUAGACACAGCGUCUGGCCGAGUGUCCAUCAAACACUCAGGCUCCCUGCAGAUUGAAGAUCUACAACCGUCAGACGCUGGACUCUACACCUGUACAGCUACCUCUGCUAGUGGUGAGACGUCAUGGACAGCUGCUCUGACUGUAGGAGGCCCCCAUGUGCACCGCUCGUCCUCCCCCGCAGCUCUGCCUCAGCCCCCCGCCAGGCCCAGUGUCACCAACUCUACCCAGAGCAGUCUCACAGUCACCUGGCUGCCUAUCAGUGAUGCCAACUUGCUGGGUUAUACUCUGGAGUACUACAGCCCUGACUUGCAGACAGGCUGGGUGGUUGCGGCUCAUAGACUGAAUACCAACACUGUUGAGGUGACUGAUCUCAAGCCAGACACAGCGUACGUGUUUGUUGUAAGAUCAGAGACUGCGGCUGGUCUGUCAGUACCCUCGGAUGUGUCACCUGUAGCUCGUACACUGGCCGCAGACUCCGAGGCCGUCCCUCAUCAUCAGCUGGAGGAGGCUAGGGUGAGACUGGCUGCUAAGGUGGUGACUCUCACCCAUGUCAGGGCAACUGCUAGCACUGCCAUCACACUCUCCUGGGAGAUUCAAGGAGGCGGAGAGUAUGUGGAAGGAGUGUACAUCAGAUACAGAGAUAUCUCAGGUGGCUCACAACAAUUCAACAUGGCCACCGUGCUAAACACAGACAUCACCACUUACACUCUGGCUAAUCUCCGCAAGUACACAAAGUACCAGGUGUUCCUAGUGCCGUUCUUCAAAACUGUCGACGGCCAGCCUUCCAACUCAAUGGAGGUGCAGACGCUUGAAGAUGCUCCAUCCGCAGCCCCUGAGAACAUAGAGAUGGCUUGGCUCAACGCAACUGCAGCAUUCAUACACUGGUCCCCUCCUCCCCCUCAACAUUCCAACGGAAUCUUGCUGGGUUACUUGAUUCAUUUGAGAGACAAUGAAAACAGGGAGCUGUCUACUUUGAGAGUGAAUGCUUCCCAGACCUCGUCUCUUCUACGCAAUCUGACCCAAACCCGGACAUACUCGGCUACCGUCAAGGCUUUUACCACUGUGGGAGCUGGUCCAGGGGCAACCGCAAGUCUACGUCAUACACCAGCACUUCACUUCACACCAGUUCCAGCACCUAACUUGUGGUUGAUUCUGUUGGUGGCCGCCACAGCUGUCGUAUUGGUAACUGCAUUUGCCGCUACAUUCUAUCUGCGUAAGAGACAGGCUAUGGCGAAACAUAUACCAGCACCAGUAGUGAACGGCACAGAACUGGGAGGUGUGAAGGAGGCGUUGUGGAUCGAAGUCCCUCACGAUAUGCACCGUAAACAGCUGACCCUGGAGAGUAGUGACUACGCAGAGGUCAACACGCAGAAUCUGUCUAGCUUCUACAACCAUCACAACCGCAAGGAGACUCUCACGCCGUACGCCACAACCAUACUGGUGCCCAACCGUCAGGAUACUUGCAGUGAGACUGGUCCUCUUGUAGUGCCCAUUGCUGUUAGUUCAUCGUCCAGCACAAAAACGCCCAACUCUGGUGAUUCGUGGACCAAACAUAAAGAUCUUGGUGAUGAGACGGGACUUUACUCGUACUACCCGGUAGAGAAGGGCAACUGUCAACAACCUAACUGGAGUGAAAUACUUCCACCUCCACCGCAACACCCCCCUCCCCCUCGGCCGUCCAUCCAGGGUUGUGGCAGCCCCCAAAUGUGCAAGAGGAGUCUAGGUGGAGGAAACUCAACCCCCUCUACCGCUAUUUACCCCCACCAUCGGCCCCCACCAUCGGCCACCACCAAUGGCCCCCACCAUCGGGCCCCACCACAUGAUCAUCCCCCUCCAGUGCCGAGUUUCCAAUCAGGCUAUCACACUGGCAGUAGUGGUGGGAGUUCUUGCAAAUACCAUCAACAAACCAACCACAACCAACAUCACUGCACUGUCAUCCACCGACACCCCAACCAACUGCCCAGUUUCAGACAGGACCAGAACAGCUGUGACGGAAGCUGUCAUAACAAGCAGAGAGGUUUCCAGUCCUCCAUGGACAGACAUAUUCCUAAUGGCGACUGCCAUGACUACAGCGACUAUGGAGAAGUGGUGGGGGAAGGCGGCAGGUCUAACAGCAGUAACAGCUGUUGCUCGUGUAGUGAAAUGUCCUGUCAAUACGCACAAACCUGCUCGGAGUGUGUCUCUUCUCACUAGUCCGCAAAUGUGAUGUACCAACCGAAUCCCCACAUGAGACUGGCGCAAUGAUUUAUCUAUCGGAAGAAGUUUUCAACUGACGUGAAAUAAUGUGCCAUUUAGUUACCAAAUAAGAGCAAACUAUGUUAAUACAGACUGUCACCGUCUACGGUGGUGAAUAAACCUGGAGACCUUCAUAUCGGUAAUGACCUUUGAAGUAACAGACUUUGUAUUACAACUUAAAAUUAAAUAAAUUCUUAAAUAAUGACCUAGAUGUUCCAUAAUCAUCUUUCAUGCACUUUUUGUGAGGAAUGUAGCAACUUCAAAUAUAGCCAUACCUGAAUCUAGAAUUAAACAAAACACAUUGCAGACUUAGUGACACUUCCAAAUAUUCAACUCAUUGAUUUAUUAGAAAUCCGUUACUAAUUUUUAAUUUUUAUCAUCAUAAAAGGCACAGUUUGGAAUACAAGAACCACUAGUUAAACCGAUAAGAAACUAUCCUUGAAAAAAGAUUACCUGUUUAACUGUUAGGUUAUUACUGCUACGAAGGAAUCCAAGCAAAGGAAUAACUAAAUAAUGUAUGUUCCAAGUAAGACUGCACAACUAAGUAUUGUUCCAUAACUUUUAAGAUUCUCUGGUAGUUUAGAAUAUCUGAUGUUUUAAAAUCAGAGGUUUUUCAUGAGAGAAAGUACUUGUAGUGAGCUAAAUCAAACAAAUAUGUGUUAUUAGUAGAUAAUGGCUUAUUUUAUCAAUUCGAUAAACCUUUGAAAUGUAUUUCUGAUAUUGCUGUCGAAAUCCAAAGUCACUGCUACCAUCUGUUUUGUUGUAUAAUUUUUUGUAGUUAAAGACGAGGACUUGAUCUUACUUUCGCCCUGACAUAAGUGUUUCUUGUGUCCCAGGAUGUUGAUUGUGAACUUUGUACAGACUGUAUGGAAAUUAGCCUAACUGUUUUGCCUGUGAUAUAGAGUAGUUGUAAAUAUGUAAUACUUCAGUACAGUAAUAGUGUUUUAUAAUGUAUAUA